AUGGUGAGGAAAGAAACUGUUGUAUAUGCUCAAAAAAGUGGACCCGCACCUCCGCGUCCAGACCUCAACACCGACGGCGAUAUCAACGUCACGCUGCUUCACCUCAUACGCGAUUGCUGGGGCGAAAAACCAGAGGAUCGACCUGUCGUCGGUCCAUUGUGCAGCAUCUUGAAGGCGAUGAUGCCAAACACGAAGAGCAAUCUGAUGGAUCACAUGUUCAAUAUGUUGGAAGACUACACAACAACUCUUGAAUUGGAUGUCGAAGAAAGAACGAAGCAACUACAGGAAGAGAAGAAAAAAGCCGACUUCUCUUGGGCAGAAUGUUACCAAGGUAUGAAAACGCAAGUAGCGGAUCGCUUGAAAAUGGGUCAGACAGUCGAACCAGAAAGUUUCGAAAGCGUCACGGUGUUCUUCUCCGAUGUUGUCAAGUUCACUCAGUUAGCUGCAAAGUGUACAGCUUUCCAGAUUGUGAAUUUACUCAACGAUCUGUACAAUGGAUUCGACUCGAUCAUUGAGGAACAUUCUGUAUACAAGGUAAUGGGGAUUGGCUGGUCGAUUAAAACCAUAUUCCGCUUAGUGAGGAAUGGCUACGCUCACAUCAAAGAGAUCUCCGAGCUGUCGCUGUCGUUCAUGAAGUUUGUUGAUGACUUCAGGAUAUCAGCUCGUCAAAGGACGGGUAACUCGAAUUUCUUUCCCGCGGGGACGGGAAAAGGAGUCAUGGAAACAUUCUGGUUGAUUGGCCGUCGAGGCCCUUCCUCUUCUGCACCAUCGAAUGGAGAACGUGUAGAAAAGAAGGCCGAAGAACACAUGGAGCAACAAAAGCGAUGA